AUGUCUCUCGACCCGAGCAACACACCGACCAGACAAGCACAAAAAUCCCAAGCCACGUGUAACCAACACCCGUCCAUCUUCAGCCGCACCGUCUCAAUCCAGCCGCCCUGCACCCAACGAAAAGCCCGCAAAAUAGCCACCCCCCUAAAAGCAAAGGAGGAUAUCGAAAUUCUUGGCACGGGGUCGCAGAAAGCCGAAUCCUGGGAUCGCCAAAGGCUCCUUCGCAUCACCGUAUACGAAAUGGCUCGUGCGAACAACGAACGGCUGCUUGACCGCCUGGCCAGGCCAACUCACCUAUACCUCCACUACGCUGAGACCCGGCUUCACCUGACGGGGAUUUGUGUUGAUGGAUAUGUUGUUGUUGUCGUCUAUCAGUUAGUUGUUGGAAGCGUGGAUGACGAGCGGAAAUGCCAAGGACCAGUUCCGAAAUAUUGCUUCGCUAGACCCUUGGUUUCUUGCAAGGCUGAGGAUCGUUCGCCAGAGAUUGACAGCGCGUAG